CGAUCACGUGAUCCCGCCGGAGUGCGGGCGGUGGAAGGCGGAAGUGAGAGAGGAGUUGGGCGCCGCUUCUGUGGCCGCAGCAGUUUCCUGGUGAUGACAUGGCAUCUGCCAGCUCCAGCCGGCCAGGAGUGGCCCUGCCUUUUGAGAAGUCUCAACUUACUUUGAAAGUGGUAUCAGCUAAGCCCAAGAUACAUAACCGUCAACCCCGGAUUAACUCGUUUGUAGAAGUUGCUGUGGAUGGACUCCCCAGUGAGACCAAGAAGACUGGGAAGAGAAUUGGGAGCUCUGAGCUUCUCUGGAAUGAGAUCAUCAUUUUGAAUGUCACGGCCCAGAGUCAUUUAGAUUUGAAGGUCUGGAGCUGCCAUACCCUGAGAAAUGAGCUGCUAGGCACCGCCUCUGUUAACCUCUCCAACAUCCUAAAGAACAAUGGAGGCAAAAUGGAGAAUACGCAGCUGACCCUGAACCUGCAGACGGAGAACAAAGGCGGUGUUGUCUCGGGUGGUGAGCUGACAAUUUUCCUGGACGGACCAACUGUUGAUCUGGGAAAUGUGCCUAAUGGCAGUGCCGUGACAGAUGGAUCACAGCCGCCUUCAAGAGAAUCCUCUGGGACAGCUGUUGCUCCCGAUAAUCGGCACCAGCCCCCCAGCACAAACUGCUUUGGUGGCAGAUCCCGGACACACAGACAUUCAAGUGGUUCAGCCAGAACAACCACAGCAACAGGGGAGCAGAGCCCUAGUCAUAGCAACCGGCACCGUCAACCCGUCAAGAACCCAAGCCACAACGGCUUGGCCAAUGGCACAGUGAACGAUGAUUCCAUUGCAGCCACCGAUCCCCAAGAACCCCCAGUUGUUGGUGUGACAUCCCCACCUAUUGCAGUGACGAGCGUGACUCCAAACCCCACAGCAGUGGCUCUCCCUGUCCUGGCCCCACCAGCUGAAGGAGAGGAGCCCAGCACUUCGGGCACACAACAGGUCCUUGCCACUACUCAGGCCCUUGAUGCUCUACCUGCUGGAUGGGAGCAGCGAGAGCUGCCCAGUGGGCGUGUCUAUUAUGUUGACCAUAACACCAAGACCACCACCUGGGAGCGGCCUCUUCCUCCAGGCUGGGAAAAACGCACUGACCCCCGAGGUAGGUUUUACUAUGUGGAUCACAACACUCGGACAACCACCUGGCAGCGCCCCACAGCUGAAUAUGUGCGGAACUAUGAGCAGUGGCAAUCACAGCGGAAUCAGCUCCAGGGUGCCAUGCAACAGUUCAGCCAAAGAUUCCUCUACCAGUCUUCAAGUACUUUGACUGAUCAUGACCCGCUGGGCCCCCUCCCUCCUGGCUGGGAGAAGAGACAGGACAAUGGACGGGUGUAUUACGUGAACCAUAACACACGUACUACCCAGUGGGAAGACCCUCGGACCCAAGGAAUGAUCCAGGAGCCAGCUCUGCCCCCAGGGUGGGAGAUGAAGUACACCAGUGAGGGGGUACGCUACUUUGUGGACCAUAAUACUCGCACCACCACCUUUAAGGAUCCUCGCCCAGGAUUUGAGUCUGGGACAAAGCAAGGUUCUCCUGGUGCCUAUGAUCGAAGUUUUCGGUGGAAGUAUCACCAGUUCCGUUUCCUUUGCCAUUCCAAUGCCCUCCCCAGCCACGUGAAGAUCAGCGUUUCCAGGCAGACACUUUUUGAAGAUUCUUUCCAACAGAUUAUGAACAUGAAGCCGUAUGACUUGCGCCGCCGGCUCUACAUCAUCAUGCGCGGUGAGGAGGGCCUGGACUAUGGAGGCAUUGCUAGAGAGUGGUUUUUCCUCCUGUCCCACGAGGUGCUCAACCCCAUGUAUUGUUUAUUUGAAUACGCCGGAAAGAACAAUUACUGCCUGCAAAUCAACCCUGCCUCUUCUAUCAACCCUGACCACCUCACCUACUUCCGCUUCAUUGGCAGGUUCAUUGCCAUGGCUCUGUAUCAUGGAAAGUUCAUUGACACUGGUUUUACCCUCCCUUUCUACAAGCGAAUGCUCAACAAGAGACCAACCCUCAAAGACCUGGAAUCCAUUGACCCUGAGUUCUACAACUCUAUCAUCUGGAUUAAAGAAAACAACCUAGAAGAAUGUGGCCUUGAGCUGUAUUUCAUCCAGGACAUGGAGAUCCUGGGCAAAGUGACUACACAUGAACUGAAGGAAGGUGGUGAGAACAUCCGAGUGACUGAGGAGAAUAAGGAAGAAUAUAUCAUGCUGCUGACUGACUGGCGUUUCACUAGGGGUGUGGAGGAGCAGACCAAAGCUUUUCUGGAUGGCUUUAAUGAGGUGGCCCCGCUGGAAUGGCUGCGCUACUUUGAUGAGAAAGAGCUAGAGCUGAUGCUGUGCGGCAUGCAGGAGAUAGACAUGAGUGACUGGCAGAAGAACACCAUCUACCGACAUUACACCAAGAACAGCAAGCAGAUCCAGUGGUUCUGGCAGGUUGUGAAGGAGAUGGACAAUGAGAAGAGGAUCCGGCUGCUGCAGUUUGUCACAGGGACCUGCCGCCUGCCUGUUGGGGGGUUCGCUGAGCUCAUUGGUAGCAACGGACCACAGAAAUUUUGUAUUGACAAGGUUGGCAAGGAAACCUGGCUGCCCAGAAGUCACACCUGUUUCAACCGCCUGGAUCUCCCACCAUACAAGAGCUAUGAACAGUUGAAGGAGAAACUGCUGUAUGCCAUUGAGGAGACUGAGGGCUUUGGACAGGAGUAACUUAGGCUGCCCACUCCCAAGCCCCCCAGCACACAUGUAGUCAUGAGUCCUUCCCUCCUGAGAGGCCGCUACAGAUGGUGACUACAGAUGGUGUGGGGCUGUCAUCACACUGGGGGGCAGCAGAGCGUGACUCCAUGAGGCCUUAUCCACCCCCACCCCCACCCCCCACCCCCGUUGGUGACAGUCUGGAAUAAAGUCCCCAUGUCACCUUUGGCCCCAUCACCCAUUGCAAAGUUUAGAGGACCUACCCUCUCUGCAGAGCUCUCCUUCCUUCUCUCCUUAGACCAACACUAGGUAUGUGUGAGUAUGCAACAGGGAGGUUCCCUCUGUAAAAAGGGGACACUGGAAGCUCUGGGCUUCACCAGCUAGUUAGAAGAAGGAGGAGAUGGGCUGCUCAAGAAGGGGAGGGACUGCUUAGGGUAGCUGUUUUAGAUUGAGGAGGCCCAGGAUCUUUGCCAGUAAAAGUGGUUCUGUUAUAAAUAGAACUUUCCUAUUAUCUGUAUAAAACAAAGGCCUGAGAGAGAGGAGCUCUUUCUGCAACAAGAACUCUGGACUCAGGUCUCCCACUUCUCCACCAGAAAGGCCCCAGUUGUGGGGGCUAAGCAUCAGGACCCUCCCUGUUCAGUGCUGCCAGUUGGUCCUUUCCAGCAAAUAAAAGGUCCUAUGUAUCAGCUGCUUGGGUGUCAGUGGGAUAGAGACAGCAAACUCCCUCAGACUUUCUUUUCCCUUUGACAUGAACUCAAAACAUUUCUUGUGUAGAGUUGCCUUUUGUUUUGUUGUUGGUAUGCUGCUGUCAGUUUCUCCUAUGAAGCUGGGGUACCAGGCAUUGCUGGGACCUUGAGGGGAACCAGCACCACUGGUCCAAGAAUUUUACAAACUUCUGCUCCUUUUCAGAACCUGGUUAGCAGUUUUGUGGCUCAGGCAGACCUGACCCAGCAACUCAGUCUUACAGGUGCUUGGUCCUGGAGCUAUGAUGGAUAGGGAAGGUGGUGAUGUCCUCAGUGCCACCCAGCCUUCUGCCUUUAGUAGAGACGUACUCCUUUUGCUAGAUGUAAUGACCUAGGCAACAUCAAGGGAUGGACCACAUGGGCUCCAGGUGGGCCCAUCAUCCCCACUGAGGAUGAAAUGCAUUAGCUAGCAGAAGGGUCCUGAGCAACUGUCACAGGCUGACUUGAUUUCUGGGCCUCCCUUCAACCUUGAGGUAGCAUCUUGCUAUGUUCCCCUUCCUUCAAAGGAGAACUGUUCCUGUGGGAUGCUUGUGGUGAUGGGGGCUGACUCCCCACUCCAGGCCCCCAUGCUCUAGCAUUGAACACUAGCUGAAGACUAAUCUGAGUGAGCAUCCUAGGACCCCAGCCAGACCCCCAGGUGGUCAUGGGGCCUUCUGGAGUUAUAGGGACAGGCUUGCCCUCCAUAUCUUCUCCUGUCCUCUGUUCCCAGCCCUAGGUGGGAUAAAGCUGUCUGCUCUGUGGUGUGUGCUGAUUCAGGUGGCUCAACUCACCAGACCACAUCCUUUUUUUCUUCCUUCUGACUGCUAUGCUUUCCUGAAACACCCCUGUCACGUGGGGUGGGAAGAGGUAGGGGUGUAAGCUGCCAUGUGGGGGUGGAGUCUGGAAGUCACAGGCUUCAGGGUGUUCAGAGUGUCCGUGUGUGUGUGUGUGUGUGUGUGUGUGUGUGUGUGUGUGUGUGUUUGUACAUACAUGUAUUAUAACUGAGGUGUCUGUAUGGAAUGCCCUUUGGUAGCCCUGGGUCGGUCACCAGAUUGUUUUGUAAUGCCCACCCUUUGCCUCGGCAUUGCCAGUUUCUUGUGCAAUAAACAAUCAGCAGCUGCA